AUGUUUUGGAUGUUGCUCGACACAAAAGUGAGUCGCGUCUGACUUAGGUUCGUGAUACCGUUUGGUUUCUUUUUUGUAUAGAUAGUCUACAACAUGUCUCAAAAGGCAGGUUAUUCGCCCAGCUUCAAGCGACCGACAGAAAUAAUGCGAAUGAUGAGAAAAAGAACGCGUAGCGAGGCUGGAGCCGAUUCUAACCCGAGCGGUCUGGGCUCCACCGGCAGUCAGAGUCACAGCAACCUCGCCACCGGUCUCCGGCCGUUCUUGCCGAGCCCGCGUUUUGCGGUCCGGAACAACUUAAUAGGCGGAAAAAAACGUCGAAACCCCUUCUCAAACAUCGAGAAUACUUUCAACCCCAAGAAGAAAGCACACAUCGAUAGCUACGCAGAGGACAGCGACGGUACACGGACAUCAGCAGAGGAAACGGGGGACGUGGACGUGGACGUCCCAGCGAAGAAUGGCGGGUUAUCUGUCAGCAGCAGGCUACAUGAGGUGGCGACGCACCGAGAACGAGACAAUUCCUGUAAGAAAAGCCUGACUUUUGCACAGGAUGAUUCUCUUUUUGAGGAGUCUAAAGAAGAUACUGAAAGUCAUUUACUACAGAGCCCACAAACUUCAGUUUCCUCUUCAGAUACUUCAAUCUGCGUGAGGUAUCCUGCAGACUGGAGCAUCAAGACUCGCCUCCUUUUCACAUCCCCACUCUCAUUGUCAUGGGCAGAGAAUCUCAAAGCUCAAGAGGAAGCGCUGAGCCUUAGUCAGCACUGCAAAGCUCAAUUCACCACACUGACGCACACAUUGCAGGACCCGAGGUCCUGCUCUGAGCUUCGCUGUGCCUUCCAGCAAAGCUUAAUUUACUGGCAACAUCCCUCCAUGUCCUGGCUCUCGUUGUUCCCAAGGAUCAACGCUGAGAGGAGUUUUACAGGAAAGAGCGCCCCUUGGACACAAGAUACAGCAUUACAACAAAAUCUCAUGACAGAAUGGUCUGUCAGUUUAUCAUCCCUCUACGGUCUUCUGAAAGCUAAAUUGUGUCCUUACUUCUAUGUGUGUUCCUAUCAGUUCACAGUGUUGUUCCGGGCCGCAGGACUCAGUGGCUCUGGCUGCAUCAGUGCCUUGAUUUCUCCAACCACAAGAGGUCUCAGAGAAGCAAUGAAGGCAGAAGGUAUUCAGUUCAGUCUCCCCCUAGUGGAGGGAAAGGGAAAUGAGCAGGUGGAAAAAGAUGAAUGCUCAGUGAAUGAGGAGCUUGUUGACACUGGUGAUGGGGAUCCUGAGGAUGAAGACUCCAGCUUGUCCUGGCUGAAGGAAAUGGGCGUUCACGACAAAAUCAAGAAGCCAGACUGCAUCAAAAUGCAACUUCAUAAAGAAGGUCACAUCAUGUCUCUGGACCAUAAACCCGAGUCUGUGGUGUACGUGGAGGGAGCAUGCACCUUCACCCUGAUCAACUUCUUGAUUAACUGUAAGAGUGUGGUGGCUGUGGCAGGCUCCCAAGCAGGUCUACCACCAACUCUGUUGGCCCCUGUUGCUUUCAGAGGGGCCACAAUGCAGUUACUGAAGGCUCACAGUGUCAAUGUGCAGAGCCAGGUUGGUUCCACCUACCAGAACAUCAGCAGCCUUGAAAUUUCAGGUCCAAUCCUUCCCUCUGCGCUCCACACCAUCACGACCCUACUCCAGCUUUCACAAAAAGGGAACUUCUCAGCAUCCGUGUACACACAUGCUCCAACAGCGGUCAUGAAUGUUCACUGCUCCACACAGCAGAGCUCGGAUGGACCAGUUGACUUGUCCUGUGGAGUUCAUCCCUUAUCCCUUGAGCAGCUACAACAGCCAUCCACUUUGGGGAAGACAGCGCUGACACGAAUCAACAUGUGCAACCAUAGUUACACUUGGAACAACUGAUAUAUAUGUGUGUGUGUGUGUGUA